AUGUCUUCCGAAGUUCCCCUCGGUUCUCACCCACCUCAACAUGACAGAGCCUUCGACUCUCUUCGUUUGGGUAGAUCUUCCCAAACAAUCCAUGCUCGACUACUCCGGUUUUGGGACACCCCGAACAUGAUCAACUCCAAUGAAAUCAGGGGAAUCACUAUGGUUCUCCUUGAUGAGAAGGAUUCAUCGAUCAACGCUUUCAUUCCUGCUGAGUGGGCAAAACUCUACCGUCAGUGUCUACAAGAGGGUCAGAUCUACGAAGUUGCUCACUUUGAAGUAGACAGUUGCCCUUAUAUGUACAAGACAACAGAGCACACUUUUGUGAUCCGUUUCAUUGCCCAAACAUCUCUUCAUAAGGUGAUCAACAAUGGUCCUGUCAUCAACCUCCACAAAUUUAUGAUUCGCAACUCUGACCAUCUCCACAUCCUUGCCAACACAAAUCUGGAACUCCCCGAUGUUGUAGGUGUGAUAAAAUCUGUGAAAGGUUUUGGCCUACUGAGCACAGAUAUAAUUUCACCAAUUCUCAUUCGAAACGUCGAAGUGUACUUGUCCUUACUGGACGAAGCUGCUGCUAGGUUUAAGGGUCUUCUAAACUCAGGGGAGAGCACAAAGUCUGUCAUGGUGGUCACAAGUCUAAACCCACAAAAAAAAGGAGAUCACCUGUACCUCAACUCCACCGCUGCCACCAAGUUUUAUUUCGGAAACAAUCUCGCUGCAAUCACAGAGUUCACGAUGAGCAUUGACUCCAGUCUUAGCGAUGCAAUAGGCGACGAUUUACCAAGUCUCAACGCAGAAACAGUGAUCACUACCAAAGAACUUAGCCCACCGGGAGAUCUCAGCAAGUUCCUCUCCAACUCUUCUACCCAGUCUCUUAUGACACAGGAAGCUUAUUUUACUUGCAUAGCUCGGAUUGUUGAGGUUGUCGCACAAAAGGGCUGGUACUAUGUCUCUUGCACUCACUGCGGGAAAGAAGUUGGAAACUCAGCCACAUCUCACCCCUGCAACCAGUGUCAUGAUACCACUGCCACCACUGUUGUGAGGUACAAGGUUGAAUUAUUGGUCGAUGAUGGUGAAAAUUAUGCCACUUUCUUGGUGCUCGACAAUGAGAUGAUGAAGCUCACUAAACAAGGUGCAGCAACUCUACUUGAUGAUGAGGUGAAUCGUCGUCUACGCAAUAGACUCCCAAAAUGUAUCGCAGAACUUCAAGGCCAAAAAUUUAUUUAUCAUGUAAAUGUGACGACAGACAAUUUAACAGACAACCGCCCUACCUUCACCGUCUCUGGAAUGAGCGCCAUUCUUAACAAGGAGAUUUUAACCAUCAAUGGAAAACAAAAAAAAGGAAAAAUGGAAUAUGGGGAAUCAUCAACUUCCGCUGCUGCCACCUAUACGUCAGCAAAUGAAGCGGACAAAGAUGGUCCCACAUACUCAACUGAGUAA